AUGGCCGAUUCCAAAGAGUGGAGUGAGGAGAAAGAGUUGAGUGAUGGCAAGGACUCGACAUCGCAGGUCGACGACCUGCCCGGAGGCAACGGAGAGGGAAGUAGCGCGCCCAAGACCGAGGCGACUGUAUCAGACACCGAGCAGACAUCGCCGCCAGCACAAGAAAUAAUAUCGAAACCGGCGCCCCCACCCAACGGCGGCUAUGGCUGGGUCAUUACCCUAUGCUCGGCCACGAUCAAUGCGCACACUUGGGGUCUGAACUCCUCCUACGGCGUCUUCCUCGCCCACUACCUCCGCACCAACACCUUCCCCGGCGCAACGACCCUGGACUACGCCUUCGUCGGCUCUCUAUCCAUCUCCUGCGCCAUGUUCAUCUCCCCCGUGGCGACCACCUGCACGCGCUACUUCGGAUCACACACCACCCUCUUCAUCGGGGUGAUAUUGGAAACAACCAGCCUGAUCGGCGCCUCCUUUGUCAAGGAAAUCUGGCAGCUCUUCCUCAGCCAAGGCGUGUGCUUCGGGCUAGGAAUGGGCUUCCUCUUCAUCGGCUCCAUCCCCAUCGUGCCGCAAUGGUUCACAACGAAGCGCUCCCUCGCCGCAGGCGUCUCCGCCGCCGGCUCCGGCAUCGGCGGCCUAGUCUACAGUCUCGCGACAGGAGCCAUGAUCGACUCCAUCGGCCUCCCCUGGGCCUUCCGCGUGCUGGGCAUCAUCACCUUCGUCGUCAACAGCAUCUGCUCGGCACUAAUGCGCGACCGCAACAAAAUCAUCGGCAGCUCGCUGCUCGCCUUCGACACCAACAUCCUCGUGCGCCUCGAGUACAUCCUGCUCGGCCUGUGGGGCUGGUUCAGCAUGCUGGGCUACGUCGUCCUCAUCUUCUCCCUCGCCAACUACGCCAACGCCAUCGGCCUCAACUCCUCGCAAGCAGCCCUCAUCUCCGCCCUCUUCAACCUCGGGCAGUUCCUCGGCCGCCCGCCGAUAGGCUACUUCUCCGACACCGUCGGCCGCAUCAACAUGGCCAUGGCCACCACCUUCGUCUGCGGCUUCUUCGCCCUCGUCAUCUGGAUCUUCGCCAAGAGCUACGGCGUGCUCAUCUUCUACGCCAUCAUCGGCGGCACCUGCGCCGGCACCUUCUGGACCUGCAUCGCGCCCGUCACCGCCGAGAUUGUAGGCCUGCGACACGUCCCCUCCGGUUUGAAUUUAAUGUGGCUCACCAUCGGUCUCCCCGUCACGUUCAGCGAACCCAUCGCGCUCGAAAUCGUGGACGGCACGCAUAGCUAUCUCGGCACCCAGCUCUGGACGGGCUUCAUGUACAUUGCCGGCUCGGUGUGCUUGUUGUUCCUCCGGGGUUGGAAGCUCGGCGAGCUCGAGGAGGUGGCGAAGAUGCGCCACGAGAAUGUGGAGGAUCUGGAGAAUGUGGAGGCGGAGAGUCCGCUGCGGGCUUUGAAGGCCGGGCGGAAGACGAUGCUUAAGCAUAUGUGGAAAUGGAGGAAGGUGUGA